UCUCAUUCAAUACAUUGAAAUAAAUAAAAAACAUAUAUAUUAUUGUUGUAGCACAUUAAAUUGGUCAAUCAGCCUCUAUAUGAAUGAAAAAAAAAAGAUUUUGUCUAAGUGCGAAUUCACAGCAAAAGAGCCUAGAGAAGCCAGUUCCAGCGCCACCAUGCUCCACCACCGCUUCCUCCUCGUAAUUUACCCCGGACAAGGACAAAUAAACCCCGCUCUUCAGUUUGCGAAGCGACUCACUGCCAUGGGUGCACGUGUCACUAUUCCCAUCACUCUCGACAUGCACCGCCGCAUGACCAACACAACCGCCGUCCCCGGCCUCUCCCUCGCCCCCUUCUCCGACGGCUACGACGACGGCUUCCACGCCAUCCGCGGCACCGACUCCGAUUACAACCUCUACGCCUCGGAACUCAAGCGCCGUGCCUCGGUGUUCGUGUCCAACCUCAUACUCUCCAGCGCCAACGAGGGCCACCCUUUCACUUGCUUACUCUACACCUUGCUCGUUCCGUGGGCCCCACAGGUGGCGCGUGGACUCAACCUCCCAACAGCUAUGCUCUGGAUCCAACCCGCCACGGUGCUGGAUAUCCUCUACCACUACUUUCACGGCUACGCUGAUUACAUCAACGACGAAACCAAAGAGAACAUAGUGCUUCCGGGAUUGUCGUUUUCGCUUUCACCCCGUGACAUACCAUCGUUUUUACUGACGUCGAAACCGAGUUUAUUGUCGUUCGUCUUUCCCUUGUUUGAAGAGCAGAUCAAACAGCUUGACCUGGAAGCUAACCCUAAGGUGCUGGUGAAUACUUUUGAAGCUUUGGAAGAAGAGGCGUUGAGGGCCGUUGAUAAGCUCAACAUGAUCCCCAUCGGGCCGUUGAUUCCUACUGCGUUCUUGGGUGGGAAGGACCCUGAAGAUACUUCCUUUGGUGGUGACUUGUUACAAGUCUCAAAUGGUUAUGUUGAGUGGCUUGACUCAAAGGAAGACAAGUCUGUGGUUUACGUUUCAUUUGGGAGCUACUUUGAGUUGUCUAAGAGACAAACUGAGGAAAUUGCACGUGCGUUGUUAGGUUGUAGUUUUCCGUUCUUGUGGGUGAUUAGAGUGAAAGAGGAAGAGAAGGAGGAGGAGGAGGAGGAGGAGCUGUGUUUUAGAGAGGAAUUGGAAGGGAAGGGGAAGUUGGUGAAAUGGUGUUCUCAGGUGGAGGUUCUGUCGCAUGGUUCCGUGGGUUGUUUUGUGACACACUGUGGUUGGAAUUCGACCAUGGAAAGCUUAGUUUCGGGGGUGCCCAUGGUGGCCUUUCCUCAGUGGUCGGACCAAAAGACAAACGCGAAACUGAUAGAAGAUGUGUGGAAGAUAGGAGUGAGGGUGGAAAAUGAUGGGGAUGGAAUAGUAGAAAAGGAAGAAAUUAGGAAGUGUGUGGAAGAGGUGAUGGGGAGUGGAGAGUUGAGAAGGAACGCAGAGAAAUGGAAGGGUUUGGCAAGGGAGGCAGCGAAGGAAGGUGGUCCUUCAGAGAGGAAUCUCAAGGCGUUUCUUGAUGCCAUGGCGGCGUUGCAGUUCUAAUGAGUUUUGCAGUUCAUGCUGUUCUUUCUUCCUGUUUUUCUGCUUCUUUUCUUUGCCCACCAAACCAUCACAGUUUACGUGGUUAAAGGACUCUGUGCUAUCUUUUUCAUUUUGUUUUUCCUAUCAUUUUCAAUGAAUUAAUUCUAAGUUUGAAAUAUUUAUUAUUUAGAACAGUUAA